AUGGUAUGGAUCUUGAUUAUUGUUAAAAUAGAAUUAUUUUUAGAGGAUCUGCUUUAAGAAUUUCAAAAUGCUUUUUAAAUAAUGUCUUAUAUGGUGGUUAUUGGUUAAGGGUUUUUUUGUCCAUAAUCACCAAUUACAAAUACAAAACAGAUUUCUUGUUUUUUAUGCUAUUGUUUUUAAAAAUAUUUUUGUUGUAUAACUCCUGAGAAUUAUUAUAUUUAUUUUGAAAUAAAUUUAGAAGAUAAACCUGUUGUAUAAUAAGAUAAAGUAUAAGAAUUUUAAUAUAAAUAGUUAAUCGGAUUUAAAUUUGAUCAUGUAAUAAAUUUCAUUACAUUUGGAAUUGGUAAAAAUUAUGAAACUAUUUUUUGUAAACUUGCAGAUUACCAUAAAAAAUAUUAAUAAAUUCCAUCAUCUAUUGAUUAUAGAUCAAUUAGUUGUUAAACUAGUACUUAUUUAAAUUCAUUAUAGAUACCUAAAUACGUAGAAACUAAAAAUAGUUCUAUUGUGAAAAACCAUUAUUUUAUUUUAAUGAAAUAGAUAAAUGGGGAGAAUGUUAAUUUAAUGAAAAGUUGAAUUCAGAUAAAUUUUAUAAAUGGAAUCCAACAAAAAUUGAUUAAAAGAAAUUAUCUGAUGAAGAAAUUGAUAAUUAUUAUUUUGAUAAAAUUUAACAAAAAUGGAUGACAAAGAAUUUCAAUAAGAUACUCUUAAAAGUCAAAGAAUUUAAUGAAAUAAGAAAACAUAAUGAUAUUAUAUUAAAGUAGUAUGCUGAUUUUACAUCUGCUUCAAAAAUUAUAGAUAUUAUGUAAUAGCUUCCAAAAUUUAAAAUAACAAUAACAUAAUAAGAGAGAUAAGUAAUUGCAUCUAAAUAAAACACUCUUAUAAUUGGUAGAAGUGGAACUGGAAAGACAACUUGUAAUAUUCUUAAAUUAUUUGCCCUUUAAGCAUUAUUUUAAAUGAGAUUAAAAUUAUUUAGUUAAGAAAACGAAAAAUUAUUAUUAAAAUCAAUUUCAAAUAAUACCAAAGUAAAUUUGCAUUGUGUUUUUACAACGUAGAACCCAGUUUUGAUAAGUGAAAUUAGAAAAUAUUAUAAAAAGCUUAUCAAAAGCAUUAAAGAUUCAAAAAGAAAAAAUGAAGAUUAAAAAAUAGAGAACUAGGAUUUUCGAUUUGAUUUAGAUUAUAGUUUGUAAUAUUAUUAAUUAAUUUAGUAUCUCACAAAAAUAAUCCUAAAUAAUUGAUCAAAUUAAUGAGAGUUCAAUAGACUUAAUAAUUUAAAAUGAAACAUUUCUAAAUGAAGAAUUUGAAUUUGAAGAAUAGUUAGAUGAAGAUGAAUAAGAUUUAGAAAAGGUGGAUAAUUUAAAUUCAUUUGAUUAAUUAUCUGAUGAUUAGUUUCCAGCAUUUUUAAGCAUAAAAAAAUUGUUACUAUUAAUUGAUUCAUCUUUAUAAUUUCCCUUUUUUGCUUAAGAUAAAUUUCAAAAAAAUGUUAAAAAUAAGAAAACAGGGUGGAAUUAAGAAAAAACAGUUUAUAUAUCAUAACAGUAAAAAACAAUGAAACAAAUAAAUUUGAUUGAUUUUAAUGAAUAUGCUUAAUUCGAAGAUUAGGAAUUUGAAAUAUUAACAUAAGAGGAUAUUUUUAAAAAAUCAUAAGAAGCCUAAUAAAAUUCAAAAUUAAAAGAUGAUAAAGAUUCUUAAAAUAAUUAGAAAGUGAAAGAAAAGUAGACAUAGGUUGUGGAAGUUGAUUAUGAAGCAUUUAUAAAAAGAUUUUGGCCAAAUAUGAAAAAACGUUCAUAAAGAUUAGGUUGUGAUGAAAUAUCUCUACCAACUUUAAUUUGGACUUUAAUUUAUUCACAUAUAAAGGGAUCAUAAUUUUCUUAUCAUUAUCCAAAUUAAUAUUUACCAAAGUCAGUUUUUAUUUAAUAAAAUCCUUGUAAUUUAUCUUUAGAUACUAUUAAUUUAAUUUAUGAAUACUUUUAUUAAUAUGAAAAAUUGAAAAAAGAGAAUGGGGAUUUUGAUCUUAUGGAUUUAGUAAAUUAUAUGAUAUGUGAAUUAGAUAAGGGAACAUAAAAUUGUGCUACUAUUCAUUACUUAUUUGUAGAUGAAAUUUAAGAUCUACCAUGUGCUUUUUUAAGUUUAUUUUCAAGAUUAAUUGAAUAAGGUUAUUAAUUCUGUGGAGAUACAGCUUAGACUAUUGCGAAAGGAGUUGGAUUUAGAUUUGAAGAUAUCAAAAAUUUCUUUAAAAAAAUUGAUGAUCAAAAGUUAAAAAACUUUGAGUUACAUUAACUCACAAUAAAUUUUAGAUCGCAUAAUAAUAUAUUAUAACUUGCAAAUAAUAUUGUAAAUUUAAUAGAAUUAUAUUUCCCUAAAUCUAUUGAUAAGUUGAAUAAAGAGAUUUCAAACUUAAAAGGUCCAAAACCUAUCAUAAUUAAUAGUAAGGAUACAGAAGUAUUAUUUUCAUUCUUAACAGGAGAUAUUUAAAACUUGAAAACAGAGGUUCAAAUUGAAUUUGGAUGUAAUUAAGUUAUUCUAGUUAAAAAUCAUGAAGUUAUGGAGAAUAUUCCAUCAUAACUAAAAUUAGCAUUGAUUUUAACAAUAGAAGAAUCAAAAGGUUUAGAAUUUGAGGAUGUUAUAUUAUAUAACUUUUUUACUGAUUCUACAUUAAACCCAUCUUAUUGGGAUCUUUUGGAUUAUAUAUUUAUUGAUGAAGUAGACUUAGAUAUUGAUUAAUAUAAUCUAAAAUUGACAAGUAUAUAAAUAAAAUAUAUAAAUAGAACAUGAAGAAUAACUUUUAUUAUAGCAAGAUAAUAAAAAUAAUAAAAAUUUAAUUGAAUCUCAGCAAUGUUUAAAGGAAAAAAAACUAAGAUUAAAUCCUAAUAUAUCAACUUUAGAUCUUAACUAUUAUAAAUCAUUAUUACAAGAAUUAAAAUAUUUAUAUGUUGCUGCAACAAGAGCUAAGAUUAGAUUAAUAAUUUUUGAUGAAUAACCAUAAAAGAGACAAAAAUUAGAAAUUCUAUGGAAAAAAUUAGAUUUAGUUCAAACCUUUGAUUAAAAUUAUUAUUAAAAUCCAGAAAAUUUAUAUAGAAAGACUACAUAAAAUUCUAAAGAAGAAUGGUUUGCUGUUGGAAUGAAAAUGCUUGCAAAUAAAUAUUAUGAUUAAGCUAUAAAAUGUUUUUUAUUAGCAGAAGAUUAAUUAUAUUUUUAUAAGUCAUAAGCUUAUUCAUUAGCAUUAAAAGCAGAAAAACUCUAUAUUUAAUGUGAAGAUUAUAAUUAAAUAAAUUCAGAUCUAAAAAUAGUUUCCAAGAUCUAAUAGUAAAAUAGAUAAAUGUAUGAAAAAUUAUAAUAAGAAAUGUAUGAUUGUUUUUCUUAAGCAGGUGAGGCUUUUUCUAAAUGUAAAAUGAAAAAGAAUGCAGCAGCUUGUUAUUUUUCAGCUUAAAAAUUUGAUCAAGCUUUAAUUUAUUAUUUAUAAACAGAGUGUUGGGAAGAAGCUGCAGAAGUAGCAUUAGGAAUGGAACUAUUUCAUGUGGCUGGAAUAUUACAAUUAAAAACUUAAAAUAUCUCCUAAAGCAUUGAAGCAUUUUUAUUAUAUUAAAAUAAUUUAGUUACUCUUCAUUUGCUGUAUGUUUAUAAAAAUCAAAUUACUUAAAGUUAACGAAAACUUUGGUUAAAAAUUUUACCAAUUGUCUUAUAAGAAUGUUUAGAACAGAGUAAAAACUAUUAAAAUUAAAUAAAUCAAAAAUAUAUUGGCAAAAAGUUAGAUUUUUCAAUUUUAGAAAAUAAUACAUAAUUUUAAUAAGAAUUUCAAUAACAAAUUAAAAUGAUUGAGAUGUCUGCCGUUGAUGUAUAAAAUUAAGACUUACUUUAUUAAACAGUUCUAAAAUAUAUUAAUAAGUUUUUAGAUGAAAUUUUUAGAGAAUUAUAAACAGUUUUUUUUUUGAAUCAAACAAUUGAAGUAUACAGAAUUAGUAUAUAAUAAACAGAAAAAGCAGAUUAACAUCAAGUUGAAUUGAUUCAAACUAUAUUCUAAUAUUUUGAAUUGGAAGAGUUUCAUCAUUUUCUCUUUAAUUAUUAAUAAUCAUUAAUUUAAUAAUAGAUUUACUAUAUAUCUUGUGUAUAUAAUAAAUCACCUCUUUAUGUGAUAGGACCUUUAAAAGAUUAUUUUAAAUUACCAAAGUAUGUUUAAGAAAAUCUAGAAAUUUAGUAUCAGUCUCAAAAUCCUUUAUGUGAAUUAUAGGAAAUAUUUAAAUAAUUCACAUUUUCUAAAUGCACUCAAUAAUAAUUGAUGUAAUUUUCUUUAUAUCAACUUGGCUUAUGUGAAUUAAUGAUUAAACUAUUUGAAAGUUCUUUUAAAGAUCAGCUAUUUUCAUCAACGCCUACAGUAUAUGGUGGAAAAAUGAUUUAAAGUUUUAAAAAAGUGAAGUAAAAUGCAUAUAAAGAAAUUCUUAUGACAUUUUAAUAGUAUUAAGAAAUUUGUGAAUUUUCAAAAUAAUAAUAAUCUUAGCUUAAUUUAAACGACGACUUAUAAAUAGCUUAAGCAAAUUUAUAUUUAUCAAGUAUAUAGAUGAGACACACUGAAGAUAGUAAGUAUUAAAAUCUUAUAGGGAAAUUGAUUAAAAAAUUUCGGAAUUUUUAAUAUUUGAAUACUGGGGGUAUUAAAAAAAAUGAUGAUUUUAACAUUUUUUUAUAAAAAUUAAUCUAAAAAGAUACUUUUAUAAAUGACAUAGUUAUUUUAUAUCUAAUUUAUGAAUUAAAGGUAAAAGAUAAUAAUUUAUUAUUCAAAGAAUUUCUAACUUUAAGUUAUUAAAAUUUUCUAAAACUUUUAAUUAAAAUUUAAGAUGUAAUUGAUUUAUUUAAAUACAAUCGUUAUAAAGAAAGAUAAAUAAAAAUAUUUAAUUGUCUUAAAUGCAUAUUUUCUAUAUCAUUACCAUGUUCAGAAAUAUUUAAACCUAUUGGAUAAUCUUUUAUAAUUGUUAAGAAAUCAUCAAGAAUUUUUUCAAAAUUAUUAAACACUUUUGAAAAUAGAAAAGGUUCUUAAGCUUUUUUUAUCGAUCAAAAUUAAGAACUCAUAAUGUUUUCAUCAGGAAUUGUAAUUUCGACUAUAAAAGAAAUUUAUAAGCAAUUUUUAAAAUCUUAUGUACAAUAGUAUAGUUAAUUAAGAAUACUUGAAAACAAUUAGCUACCUUUUAUUAUUAGAAUUUUUCCAUUUUGUGCAUUAAAAACUUUAAAUUAAGAAUAUCUAACAGAAAAUAUAUUAUUCAAUGAAAUGAUUAGUGAUGAAAGUCUUCUUAAUUGCUUAAGUCAUUAAUUAUCUGAUGAAAUAUUGAAUUAUUGGUAUUAAUUUCCUAGAAUAAUGGAUUAAACGAUUGCUAAUAUGUUUAUUAGAAUUACUUAUAAAUAUUUCUCAAAAAUCUUUUUUGAUUCGACCAAAGAAAAAAUCCAUAAACACAUUCUCACUGGAAUUCACUUAGAAAAUAUGGCAUCUUAAAAUAUAAUUUCAAAAUAAUUUAUUCAAAAUAUAAAAGAAUAACGAAUAGAAUAAGAGAAAUAUUAGAAAGAUAUUAAUCUAUCUUUAUAAAAUCCAUUUCUUUCUUCAUAUUAAUUAACUUAGUAUAAAACUUAUGCUGAUUAUCUAUUAUAAAAUAAGCUUGGAAUGUCAAUUUUAAAUAUUGAACUUUAUAUCAAAUAUUAUACUGCUCUAAAGGAUAUCUGCUAAAAAGAAUAGGUCUAAAAAGAUUUAUCAAUUUGUACUUUAAAUUAUAUAGUUUGCAAAAAAUCAUAUGUAUAAUCAACAGAUAAAAUAAAUCAAUUAGCGAAAUAAGCUAAAGAUGCUUCUUAAGUUAAUCUAACUCUUGAAUAAAUUUUGAUAGAAGAAAUUAUUGAUUUGAGAAAUUUCAAAAAAUAAACUCAAUACUCAAUGAAAUUAAUAUUACCCAAAAUUUUAAAAUCUUUUUUUUAGGAUAAUUUAUGUUAAAAUGUAUAUAUUGACUUAGAUAAUUUUGAUGAGAGAGUUAUGGAAAGAGUUAUAUAAAUUUUAAUUAAAUAAAUGAUCUAAGGAAUUCAAUUAUCAGUUGUAUUAUUAGUUACGAUAAUAAUUAAUACAAAUAAUUAAGACUUAGAAUCUUUAAUAAAUUUUGAAUUAUCAGAAAUAAAAAUUUAAGAUUAUGAAAAAAAAAUUGUUGAUAAUAUUACUCUUAUUUUACAUUUGAUAAGACUCAACGAUUAAGCAAGAAUAGAAGAAUUUGAAGAAAGAUAAAAAAAAUAUUCAUAAUAAUUUAUCAACUGUGAAAUCAAUUAUAAUAAUAAACUUAUUAAUGAUUUAAAAAACUAAAUAUAAUAACUUUCAAUUAAUGAAUUUAUUCAAGAUGAUUUUUAGCUAUAAUAGUCUUUAAAAUAGUAAGAGAAAUAAAAAUUUAAAAGUUUAUAUUUAGGAAUGAGAAUAUUAACUUAUACUAUUUUUUCGUCAAUAGAACUCCAAGAAGAAAAUUUAGUUAAAAAAAGUUUAAUUUAUGAUCAUAUUAAUUUGAUUAGAAGGUAUUUUUUAAUAAAUAUAAAAAAAUUUAGUUAAUUAAUAGAGAUUUUGUCCAAUAAAUAAUUUCAAAAAAAAAAAAAUUAUAUUUCAAUAACAUUUCUAAUGUAAACUUUAACAGAUGAAGAGGCAAAAGUUGAUUUAGAAUUGAAAGAUUAAUCAUUAAUUUCAAAUCAAUAAUCGAUUGAAAAAUCGUUGAGUGAUUUACAUUUUAAAAUAGAAAAUUGGAUUUAAUAAAAUAAAUAAUUAUAAGAAUAGUUGAACAAUAUUUAAGAAGAACAAAAAAACCAUGCUAAAUAAUAAACUGCUAAAAUAUUUGUAUUGAAAUAAUCAUCCAAAUAAUUCACUAAAUGA